GUAGAGGAAAAAGAUGGUCGCCUCUUUAUAUAUUUGAACAUUAAUCUACUUUUUUUUAAAAAAUGUAGCCACCCCGUCAUGACGACUGAGUGACAGAGACAGAAAGUGCCCCAGGCAGAAUCAGCCUAUUCUGGAAGGAUUUCUGGAAAAGCCGAUGCUCCACUGCUGGUUUCCUUCGAGGCAGAACACUGGAAAAGAAAGACCAGAGGUCUCUUUUUCAUGCUGUUUCCCGUCGGGUCCCUUUCUGACCGCGCCCGGAUUAAUUACACUCCCCGAUCCUGCGAUCCGGCGAGGAUCUGAGUCCCGGAGGGGCGCAAAACUGGGCGGUGCUGGGCGGCGCACGUGUGAUCGGAGGCUGUGACAAUCUUUAAGUGAACACGAGCAGCUGCAGCUCUGCUUAAAGGAGAGGUAUUUUUCUCGUGUGCAGGGACGAUUUUCACCUUUGUACCCCGAAAAGAUAAGACGGGUUUCCAGUGUGGAAUUAACCUGCCGGGGGAGAUCCGGCACGGUCUGGCUGGGGGACUCUCCUCCAAGAGAGCCCACCUGCAGGGACUCACCACUUGACCCUCCCCACCCCCAGUUAAACCUUGAAAAAUGUGUUGUGAAAGAAAUAGAAGAUUUCUGCUGCUUUAUGCAAGUCAAAAAGGACAGGCAAAAGCCAUAGCUGAAGAAAUAUGCCAGGAGGCAAAGGAACAUGGAUUUGAAGCUGAUAUUCAUUGCAUCAGUGAAUCAGAGCAGUAUAACUUGGAUAAGGAAGAGGAUCCUGUGGUUAUUGUUACUUCUACUACUGGUACAGGAGAACCUCCAGAUACUGCAAUCAAGUUUAUAAAGGAAAUUAAUGACAAAAGUUUGCCAUCUGAUCACUUAUCUCAUAUACGAUAUGGACUGCUAGGUCUUGGAGACUCUGAAUUCACAUUCUUCUGCAAUGGUGGGAAAAUAAUAGACAAACGAUUUCUGGAACUUGGGGCUCAACGGUUUUGUGAAGUGGGUUUGGCUGAUGACGCUGUAGGGUUGGAGCUGGUGGUUGAACCAUGGAUUGCUGGACUUUGGGUUGCACUUAAUCAAGAGUUUGCAUCUAGAAAAGAAGAAAAAAAUACAUCUUUUUGUGCUAACAAGUUUUCUAAUCUCUGUAUAAGUCCCCAAGCAGAACGCUUGAAAACUGAAGAUUCCGGUGUGGAAAAUAAUCUUUCAUCAAAAGAAAAUAUUAACUCUGAACUUCCUACUGAAAACUCUCAACCUUCACUUUCUUUCUCAGGGUCUCCCCUCUCAAAUGCAACUCUUAAUAUUCCUGCUUUGCCACCAGAAUACCUAGAGGUGCAGUUUGAAGAAAGCUGUGCUCAGGAUGCUAGCCUACCUUAUAUUUCGGAGAACUCCAUUUUUCGUGUUCCUAUCACCAAGGCUAUUCAACUUACUAGGGAUGAUGCAGUUAAAAAAACAUUGCUGAUUGAACUGGAUAUUUCUGAAACAACAUUUAACUACCAACCUGGAGAUGACUUUAAUAUAAUUUGUCCCAAUAAUGUGUUGGAGGUGGAUGAACUUCUUGGUAUUUUGGGACUCUUGGGAAAAAAAGAUCAUUUUGUUUGCAUACGAGUUAAGGAAGGCACUAAAAAAAGAGGAGCAACAUUGCCACAGUAUAUACCAGAUAACAGUACUGUUAAAUUUAUGUUUACAUGGUGUCUGGAAAUCAGAGCAGUUCCCAAAAAGGCAUUUCUGCGCUCUUUGGUAAACUAUACCACUGACAUUAGUGAAAAAAGAAGACUUCAAGAAUUGUGCAGCAAACAAGGAUCCUCGGAUUAUAACUCUUUUAUAAGGGAUCCUAGUGUUACUUUAUUAGAUUUGCUCCGGGUUUUCCCAACUUGCAAGCCCCCACUUAGUCUUUUGAUUGAACAUCUUCCAAAGUUGCAAGCCAGACCCUAUUCAGUUGCAAGUUCGACUUUGUUUCAUCCUGGAAAGAUGCAUUUCAUCUUUAAUAUUCUGGAGUUUCCAUCCCACCUAGGUGAGCUGCGAAGAGGGGUCUGUACGGGUUGGCUAGCUGAUCUGGUUGCCCCAAUCCUUCAGGUGAAUCAGAAGAGCAAAGAAUUCUUCUCUCCACAGAUCAACAUAACGUCUCGCCCAUCCAAUGUUUUUCACCUACCAGACAACCCAUCUGUUCCUUUUAUUAUGGUUGGUCCAGGAACUGGAAUUGCCCCGUUUAUUGGCUUUCUUCAGCAUAGGCAAAAGCUCAGAGAAAAGCACCCAGAUUAUAUGCUAGGAGAGACGUGGUUGUUUUUUGGUUGCCGCCAUAAGGACAGAGAUUACUUGUUCCAGGAUGAGCUCCGAUUCUUUCUUGAAAAUGGUGUGUUAACUUACCUGAUAGUUUGCUUCUCAAGAGAUGUUCCAGCUGUGGCAGAAACUGCCCCUCCUAAGUACAUUCAAGAUAACCUCCAGCUUUAUUGUAAAGAGAUUAGUAGGAUUUUGCUGCUGGAGAAAGGAUAUUUUUAUGUGUGUGGAGAUGCAAAAAAUAUGGCUAAAGAUGUGAAUGACACACUGGUGGAAGUCUUCACCACUGAGAGAGGAGUUGAUAAAUUGGACGCGUUGAAAAUACUAGCUACAUUAAGAGAAGAAAAAAGAUACUUGCAGGAUAUCUGGGCCUGAACACAAGCUUUUUGAAUUCAUUUGACCAAUGUAAACAGCAAUUUUUUAAAUGCCUACUUCUGUCUGUAAUUUUCUCUGAAUUAUUAUUUGAACUGUUUUUCUAGGGAAAUAACAAAGAGAAAUACAUCAUUACCAAGACAUUUGUCACAGUACACAAUAAAUGAUGCCACUUAUUUCCAUCAAGAA